AUGGCAACUACAGAUCAUCUGUCUGCAGCUGAUGUCGACAGCUACGACUAUGUUAUCGUCGGCGGAGGAACAGCUGGCUGUGUCAUCGCCAGCAGGCUGGCAGAAUAUCUCCCACGCAUGAGGAUCCUCGUCAUCGAAGCGGGGCCCAGCGACUACAAGAACGACAGAAUCCUGAUCCUCAAGGACUGGCUCAGCUUGCUAGGCUCUCAGGAGUUCGACUAUGACUACGGGACGGUAGAACAACCGAUGGGCAAUAGUUCUAUCCGUCAUUCCCGCGCCAAAGUCCUUGGUGGCUGCUCCAGCCAUAACACCCUCAUCUCGUUCCGGAUUUUCGAGUAUGACUGCAAGCUUUGGGAAAGUAUGGGCUGCAAAGGCUGGGACUUUGAAACCUUCACCCGCCUUGCGGACAACCUGCGGAACACCAUCCAGCCCGUGCACCUCCGACACCGCAACCAGCUUUGCAAGGAUUGGGUAGAAUCUUGCUCCUCCGCUCUCAAUAUCCCGGUGAUCGAAGACUUCAACAAGGAAAUUCGUGAAAACGGCAAAUUGACAGAGUGCGUGGGCUUCUUCUCUAUUGCAUACAACCCUGAGGAUGGCCGCAGGAGCAGUGCGAGUGUCGCCUACAUCCAUCCCGUCCUCUGCGGAGACGAGAAGCGUCCGAAUUUGACCAUUUUAACGAACGCUUGGGUCUCGCGCGUCAAUGUCAAAGACGAUACCGUGACAGGAAUCAACCUGACUCUCAAAUGCGGAGAAAAACUCACCGUCAAUGCCAAGCGGGAGACCAUCCUCUGUGCUGGAUCAGUCGAUACCCCACGCCUUCUACUUUUAUCCGGCAUUGGACCUCAGGAACAACUCUCCUCCCUGUCCAUUCCUGUCGUCAAGGAUAUCCCAGGCGUCGGUGAGAACCUCCUCGACCACCCGGAAAGCAUCAUAAUCUGGGAACUCAACAAACCCGUGCCCCCAAACCAAACAACAAUGGACUCCGAUGCCGGCGUCUUCCUCCGCCGCGAGGCCCCCAAUGCCGCCGGCUUCGACGGCGACGCCGCAGACGUAAUGAUGCACUGCUACCAAAUCCCCUUCUGCGUCAACACCUCCAGGCUCGGCUACGACGUCCCCAUGAACGCCUUCUGCAUGACUCCCAACAUCCCCCGUCCCCGCUCCCGCGGGCGCCUCUACCUCACCUCCGCCGACCCAGCCGUGAAACCAGCCCUCGACUUCCGCUACUUCACCGACCCAGAAGGUUACGACGCCGCCACGAUCGUCGCCGGCUUCAAAGCCGCCCGCAAAGUCGCGCAGCAAGCUCCCUUCAAGGACUGGAUAAAGCGUGAAGUCGCGCCGGGCCCUGACCUCACGACCGACGAGGAAUUGAGCGAGUACGGGCGGCGUGCGGCGCAUACCGUCUACCACCCGGCGGGCACGACGAAAAUGGGGGAUGUGGUGAACGAUCCGUAUGCGGUUGUUGAUUCGCAGUUGAAAGUGAAGGGAUUGAGAAGACUGCGUAUUGCGGAUGCGGGCGUGUUUCCGACCAUGCCUACCGUUAACCCGAUGGUGACGGUGUUGGCGAUUGCGGAGCGGGCGGCGGAGCUUAUUGCUGAGGAGGUUGGGUGGAGGAAGGAGACGGCUAGGCUGUAA